AUGGGUGUAGCUCAAUUACUUCUUGCCCAAGGAGCUAAUAUUGAGGCAAAGAGUAUUCAUGGAGUAACACCACUUAGCUAUGCUUCACAAAAUGGAAAGGUGGAUAUGGCACGGCUGCUUCUUGACCGAGGAGCUAAUAUUGAGGCAAAGAGUCAUGAUGGAUCGACACCACUCAGCUAUGCUUCACUAAUUGGAAAAGUGGAUAUCGUUCGGCUGCUUCUUGACCGAGGAGCCAAUAUUGAAACAAAGAAGAAGAAUGGAGCAACACCACUUAGUGAGGCAGCUUGGGAAGAACGAGUGGAUGUGGUCAAGUUACUUCUUGCCCGAGGAGCUAAUAUUGAGGCAAAGAGUGUUGUUGGAUCGACACCACUCAGCUAUGCUUCGCAAAAUGGAAAAGUAAAUAUGGCUCGGCUGCUUCUUGACCGAGGAGCGAAUAUUGAAGCAAAAAAGGUAAAUGGGGUAACACCACUUUUUGAGGCAGCUGGGGGAGGUUAUGUGGAUGUGGUUAAGUUGCUUCUUGACCGAGGGGCUAAUAUUGGGGCAAAGAGUAUUAAUAGAUCAACACCACUCAGCUAUGCUUUACACAGUGGACAAGUGGACGUAGCUCAGCUGCUUCGUAACCGAGGAGCCAGGGGUUAA